AUGGGCAACGACGCCACUGGAAGGGAUCCCGUGGUUGCUGCCGAUCUUGGGAGAGCCCCUGUGAGGCCCCCUGUGGGGGUCGCCGGUGCCCCUGGAAGGGCCCCUGCAGGCACCGUCACCCCUGGGAGUGCCAUUGGGGGCGCCGCCACCCCUGGAAGGGCUCCAAGGAUGCCGCAACCCUUAGGAGGGCUACUAGGGGGUGCUGACGCAAUGGGAGAGCCCCUAAGAGCGACCCUGGGGUCGCCGCUGCCCCUGGGAUGGCCACCAGAAGGGCUGCCGCUCCUGGGAGAGCCGCUAAGGGCGCCACCGACUAUGGGAGGUCCUCGGUCCUCCUCUACCCCUGGGAGGGCCCCUGGAGGCAACACUGUGUCUGGGUGGUAUCCUCUGGUCGCUGCCACCCCGGUGAGUACCUCUGGGGGUACCAACGCCCCUUGGAGGGAUCCUGGGGUCGCGGCCGACCCUGGGAUAGCCCCUGGGGUCGCUGCUGCCCCUGGGAGUGCUCCUCGGGUCGCCGCCACACCUGAGAGGUCCCCUAUCGUAGCCACCGCACCUGGAAGGACCGUAGGGAUGCCGUCACCUUUGGGAGGGCUCCUGGGAGUUUCGCCGCCCCGGAAGGGUCCCUGA